AUGCCUUCAUCUCAACCCACCGCUGGUGACCUGGCUGUCAAGCCUGAGUUUCAGUCGUCUCAGCCAUCGCCGAUGGCUAAGCCCUCCGAACCCAAUCGAAGCACCAAGUAUGACCCCAAGAAAGUUCACAUCACCGAGAUGCCCAUGACACGGUCGAAUUGGUACAAACACGUCAACUGGCUCAACGUUACCCUCAUCGUUGGCAUUCCACUCUGGGGCUGCAUCCAGGCCUUCUGGGUGCCCCUUCAGCUCAAGACCGCUGUCUGGGCAGUGCUAUAUUACUUUGCCACUGGGUUGGGUAUCACAGCUGGAUAUCACAGAUUAUGGGCUCAUACCUCUUAUUCCGCCACUCUGCCUCUGAGAUUCUUCCUCGCCGCUGUUGGUGGUGGUGCUGUCGAGGGUUCGAUCAGAUGGUGGUCGCGUGACCACCGAGCACACCACAGGUACACGGACACGGACAAGGACCCAUACUCUGUCCGCAAGGGUCUGCUGUAUUCUCACAUUGGCUGGAUGGUCAUGAAGCAAAACCCCAAGAGAAUUGGACGUACCGAUAUCUCGGAUCUGAACGAAGACCCGAUUGUCGUCUGGCAACAUAAGAACUAUCUCAAGGUCGUGAUCUUCAUGGGUCUGAUCCUGCCUACUAUUGUUGCUGGCCUGGGAUGGGGUGAUUGGUGGGGUGGUUUCAUCUAUGCUGGCAUUCUCCGAAUCUUCUUCGUUCAGCAAGCCACCUUCUGCGUCAACUCUUUGGCCCACUGGCUGGGAGACCAACCUUUUGACGACCGCAACUCCCCGCGUGACCACGUCAUCACGGCUUUGGUUACUCUAGGUGAAGGCUACCACAACUUCCACCACGAGUUCCCCUCCGAUUACCGCAAUGCGAUCGAGUGGCACCAAUAUGAUCCCACCAAGUGGUUCAUCUGGACCUGCAAACAGCUCGGUCUUGCGUACGACCUGAAACAAUUCCGCAGCAACGAAAUCGAAAAGGGUCGCCUUCAGCAACAACAAAAGAAGCUUGAUCAGAAACGUGCCAGGCUCGAUUGGGGUGUUCCUCUCGAUCAACUUCCUGUUAUGGAAUGGGAUGAGUACGUUGAUCAAUGCAAGAACGGCCGUGGUCUGAUUGCUGUCGCCGGAAUUGUUCACGAUGUAACGGAUUUCAUCAAGGACCAUCCGGGUGGCAAGGCUAUGAUCAACUCCGGCAUUGGCAAAGAUGCCACUGCCAUGUUCAAUGGUGGUGUGUAUAUGCACAGCAACGCAGCUCACAACUUGCUUUCGACAAUGAGAGUUGGUGUCAUCCGUGGCGGAGGUGAGGUUGAUAUCUGGCGGCGGUCUCAAUUGGAGGCCAAGGGUGAAGUCAGCCGUGAUUCCUCUGGCGAAAGGAUCAUUCGAGCUGGGUACCAACCAACCAAAGUGCUCCAGAACACUCCUACCGCAGGAGCCGCUUGA